AACGGAUUAGAAGCAGCCCUCCAAGCCUACACACAACCACACACGACGCUUCUCACCAGCAACCUCCACACUAUUCCCAUCAGAUAUUUUCCGUCUCGACCCGCCGGUGACGUCCAUCUUGCCUCCCUCACCAUGGCAUUGAGUAAUGUUGGAUCUCUCGUGCUCAAUCUCCUUAUCUUCAUCACGACUCUGGUGAACUUCAGCUACGCCCUCACAUCCCUCGAACCUCUCCUCCUCCUCGGUCUCUACGCCAUAUCCAAGAUCUUUGUCACUGCUCCCGAAGCUGGCAUAUUUGCGAAAUGCCAACUCGGGCAUCUGUACCAGGACGGCUGAAUCAAGACGGAGUUCCAGAGAAUGGCUACGAAUCUCCUGUAUCGCUAGAAGAUGCACCAGCAUUCUUUAGCGAUCUCGAUACGGAUAAUGUUGGAGAGAGAAGAAGAGCGGGAUAUAAUGCAAGGGGAGAUGUGGCAGAUGUAGACACAACAAAUUCGGAAGUUGAGACCAGUCCUCAGACCAGUAAUGGUUGGAGCAAAGAGAGAGCUACCAAUGACCUAGAAGCUGGGAGAGGCGGAUCUGCGAAGAUUGGAUUUCGAGACAGAAUUGCAUGCUAUACUUGGACAUGGUUCACCAUGAAUAUGGCUACGGGUAUGUCAUUCUUCGAGCUUGUGCUCGCAGCUACUGGAAUUGCAGGAAGUUCACACCGGUCUCGGGAUUGGUUUUGGACUUUGAUUUUCUGUUGGCAUACUAUGAGACAGCCUCUUGCUGACUUUCUUUUCUCUCCAGGCGGAAUUGCAAAUGUACUAAGUGGAAUUCCAUAUCAAGCCGAAUGGUUACGGAUCAUUGGCGUGAUCAUAUUCCUGUUCAAUCUGGUCCUAUUUUUGGUGAACUGCAUCUUCAUUACCAUGAAAUUCAAAUUUCGACCAGGGUCUUUUAGAGCAUCAUUUAUCAGUCCAUCUGAAUCGCUGUUCAUUCCUGCUUCUGUUGUUUCAUUCGGCACCAUCCUGAUUAAUUUCUCUCAAUAUGGCAUUCCAUAUACUGGUCCAUGGUUUCACACCGUGAUGCAGGUGCUGUUUUGGGCAUAUGUCGCAAUAAGCGUCAUUGCAAGCGCAGGCAUAUAUCUGAUCAUCUGGUCCACCCAAUCUUUCCCAAUUCAUAUGAUGACGCCUAUCUGGAUUUUCCCUGCCUACCCACUUCUUCUCGUCGCUCCGUUCGCCGCAAACUUAAUCGCCGCCCUUCCCGAUGCUACUGCAGCAGACCGAAUCAAUUCCAUUGCCAUUGCUUUUGGCGCUGUCUGCAUUCAGGGUAUCGGUUUUCUCGUCAGCUUGAUGAUAUACUCUGCGUUCAUUUAUCGUCUCAUGACACAGAAGCUACCACGGGAGACCACUAGACCUGGAAUGUUUGUCUCCGUAGGUCCAUCAGGCUUCACCGUCGCAGGCCUAGUCUUGCUUUGCAAUAAGGGUAUCUCCAAGAUAUCACCAAAUGUCCACUUCGGAAACGACAACGCCGAGUUUGUUCUUAAGCUCAUCUCGCUCCUCGUUGGUAUCUGGCUAUGGGGAUUAUGUCUCUGGUUCUUCCUUGUCAGUGUCGGCGCGCACUUCCAGAUCGUCAGACCCAAUGACAAGCAUCAGAUACAUUUCGACAUGACUUGGUUCUCCUUUGUCUUCCCGAACACCGCCCUCGUGACCGCUACUUUUGCAAUAGCCAAUUCUCUCGACUCUCGCGCAUUGAGGAUCUUUGGUACUGUCCUUGCGGUGCUACUGGUUAUGAUGUGGAUUUACGUGUUUGGCAUGAUGAUUCGAGCUAUUGCGUUGAAGCGGAUAUUGUAUCCUCAGAAGGUUGAUGGUGCGGAGAGGAUUAGAAAUAGGUGGGCGAGUAAGGUGGAGGAGGUGAAGAAGCAGACUAGUCCCGGUGGUAUCCCGUCAUAAGACGCACCUAUGUUGGAGCAAUUCACCUGGUUUUCAACAGAAAUUAAUCGAAGGCUUAAGGCUAUCAAGCAGCCUUGCCAAUACUUUCAUCGUUCGUGUACCUAUCUUGACCUACUUACACCCUUGCUCCUUUAUAUCAAUGUCACUCAGUCUUACGCCCUU